AUGUCUCUCCCCACCGUUUACGUCGUCGCCGCUACAGGCACCCAAGGCUCAGCAGUAUGUCGCCACCUCCGCCAAUCAAACUGUUCUGUCCGUGCUACAGUGCGAAACAUCGAGUCCCCUCAAGCCCAAGCCCUCGCUAAGAUCGGCGUCGUGUUGAACUCUGGCAAUUGGGACGAUGAAGAGGCCCUUACUGCCGGUCUUACAGGCUGCAACAAGCUGUUCCUUGCUCUUGGGCCCAACUACAGCAAUCUUGACGAUGAGCGUAUCUGGGCUCAGAGAAUUAUUGCACUGGCUAAAAAGGCGGGCGUUGAAGAUGUUGUGUACUCGAGCUCUAUUAGCGCCGAUGCUCCUGAGAAGCGCACGCUUCUUCCCCCUAGUCACUUUCUCUUCAAGAGCCUUUUCAUCAAGAAUGUUAUUGAAGGGCUUGUUCAGCGUGCUGGAUUCAAGCACUGGGCUAUCAUCCGUCCAGGGUUUUUCAUGUCCAACCUCCUCGCCCCUAAAGCUCGCAUCUACAGCGACUUAUUCGAGCGCAACACCUGGUUGACCGCCCUAAAGCCCGACACCAAGCUCAACCUCGUCGACCCGCAAGAUAUCGCUAAAUUCGCUUUCGCCGUCUUUAACGAGCCUGAAAGAUUUAAUGGGGAAGGAAUUGACCUUGUCAGCGAGAGGUUGACGGCCGUGCAGAUGAUGGAGAUUCUGGCUGAUGCGACUGGGCGAGACAUGAAGGCUGAGUUUUACACUGAUGAGCAGGUUGCUCAGGCUAUGGAUACAAACCCGUUUAUUGGAUCGCAGGUAUUCUUGAGGGAUGGAGAGAAAUGCGUUGACGCUGAGAGGGUCAAGACGUGGGGAAUUGGAUUGGGUAGCUUCAAGGAGUUUUUGGUCCGCGAGAAGGAUGCCGUGUCUGAGACAUAUGCCUUGUAG